GCCAAAGGCAUCGUUAAGCAGCACAUGUCCUGAGACUUUUUGGAAACUUCUUGAGAGGACUGAAGAAAGUCAAACUCCAAACAGGAGCGAGAGAAGCAGAGAGCAGUGCAGAGGACCAUCCGCCUACAACCUUACACCUCUGCGGACAUCCGAGGCUUAGUAAAGUCCAGAAGAGCUCUGCAUUCUCCAGCUAUAACACUGACCUGUGAGAAGAGCUUGCGGUGGAUGUAACAGCGCUCAAAGCAGAAGAAAUGAGCAGAGGAACAGUGAAAGAGCCGCACGGAUGCCAGCGCAACUUCACACUGAUCAUCGUGUUGCUCGUAGUCAACUGCGGCGCAGAGAUUCCUUCAGACCCAAACGUGGUGGCCGCCUCCAGUUGGAACAUGUCCAGUGGAGCUGAAAGAGAUCACUUUCUAAGGCUGGAUGCUCCAAUGAAUAACAUCACUACCUCCCUCGGACAGACAGCUGAGUUACAUUGCCACGUUUCAGGGAAUCCACCACCCACAGUCCGCUGGCUUAAAAACGAUGCCCCUGUGGUCCAGGAACCGCGGCGUGUCUCUUACCGGCCCACUCCGUACGGCUCCCGCCUGAGAAUCCGAAACCUAGACACCACAGACACCGGUUACUUUCAGUGUGUGGCUGCCAACACCUAUGGCACAGUAUCUACCACAGGAAUCCUGUUUGUCAAGUUUGAUCCGGCUCCCACCCCUCUGCCUGGAAGGCCUUCACCAACUGAUGCAAAUCUCAAAGUGGUGCAGAUUUCAUUUCUAAGCUUUGUGGAUUGUCUCCAUCCAAAUCAAAGACUGAACCCCUGACCGUUUGACGUGACUGGCCGUGCUCCAAAUCACAUUAAUAUUGAUUAAAGUCCACAAACCCGUCUGUGUGCCUCUAAGCCUCGUACAGACGACAGCACAGCUCGUUUUGGACUAGCUGCCGUCAUUGCACUGAGGUGCACAGAGAUCCCUUUGAGCCAUAUGUUGGCCUGUUGGUAACCAUUAGUGUCAUCAUCAAAUAAAGUCAUCAUGUCAGCUUCCAUCAAGAGGAAAAGGGUCAGUAUGCUGUCUGUUUUUUUUACACUCUUUCUCCUUUAUGUGCCUCCUUUUUUUCUUGAUACGUAUGGAAGUGUCAGCCUCGUCUUGGUGAGCAGCACCUGGUAAAGAGAGUGUGGGGAGAGGGUGUCCCUUGUGAGGUGUUGUGUCUGGGACUCUAAUAAAACUCUUCCUUUAAUGAACUCCAAAGCAGAAGUGUGUUUGCAAGCCUGGAGUCAGUGCAUAGACUGAGAGCUGAACUGGCCACAGCUGGUCUUAAAUUGGCCUUGUAGUGGGGAAGAGAGGAAAUAUGAGAGAAGGUUUGGAGAGGUAUUGAUGUCUAAAGAGCAAAAGGUCAAUGAAUGGCAGGGUAAGGGAUGAGGCACAAAAAAUAAAGAAUGAGGUGACAUUCAUAGAUCAACAGCAUGGAAGCUUGUUUUUGUCCAUUCUGAGAAAUAAGCUAGGUUUUACCAUUUUGAAAACUAGUGGUUUAGUGCUGGGAAUAUUAGCCUGAUUAAAUAUCCCUCACUUACAAUUGUGACUUUUUUCUCAUAUUUGCAAUUUAUGUAGCACUAAUGCAAGUAUAUUUUUUUGUAAUUGCAACAUAUUUUACACUUGUGGCUUUAUUUCUCAUAUUUGCAACUUCAUGUCUCACAAAUGCAACUUUAUUUAUUGGAAUUUGCAACUUAAUUUUUAUGUAUUGUGAUUUUAUAUUUUGCAAUUGUGACU